CUAAUCCAAAAGUAAAUGAGGAACUUAGAAAAAGAUUGCCAACUCCACAUCAGCAUAUUUAGAGACAAUUGGAAAAGGAGAAGCUUACUAGAGUUUUAUUUGAGGACUUUUUAAAGAAUGCAAGGUUCUAUCUGUGAACUUCAGUCUUGGAGCAAAAACCAGGGACAUUGCCAGAGCAAACAAGAACAGCAGUACAAAUGGAGGACUGGUCAAAAGAUAUAGCCCACAUUCAUAUUGAACAAGACCCUACAGGGAUAAAUAAAAGUACACAGCCAGAUGAACAACUAGGUGUUAAAUCUGAGGGAAGCUUGCAUCAGAAAUCCAGUGACUUAGUUAAAGAAGUCACAAAUGAGGGCACUGAACUGCUGGGGCAGAAAUCAAGGAGUUAUCUGGUCAUCAGUCCUAAUCCAGAUGAUGAGACAUCUGAAAGCAUUAUGGAAUAUAGAAAGAAUGAUUUAUGUAACAUUCAUGAAUAUACGAUUGCUUAUCGAGUAACUUCAGAUGUAAAUAAAGAGACAGUAGCAUUUCUUCUAGAAGAAUUGGAUAUACUCAGAACAAGCAAUAAAAAGCUUCAAGAAAAACUGACUAGAGAAAAUAAAGAACAGAAAAAAUUAAAGCUUAAGCUGGAACUCCAAGAAAAAACAGUGGAAGCUAAAACUGCUGAAAAGACAGCAGGUAUAGUAUCGAGUGUUAGCAUAGGGCCUGAAGAAUCAUACAGAAGUUUUAUAUGAUGUAUCUUGGUGAAUACU